AAGCAGGGGCGGGGCCUAGCUCCUGCAGCGGGGCGGCCCGGCAGCUGGGGACGCGGCCAGAGCCCGGGGAAGCUGCUGCGGGGGCGAUGGCCGCGCCGAGCCCGGGGCCCCACGAGGUCCUGACCCCCUCCCCAGAGGCUGGACACAGAGCUGCCACCUCGAGCUCUGGCCGCCGUGGCCUCCUCUGGCGUCUACGAGACAAGCAGUCUCGCUUAGGCCUGUUUGAGAUUGGCCCAGGGCAUGAGCUGCACCAGCUGACGUGUAUGAUGCAGGCAGGGCUGUGGGCUGCCACUCAAGUGUCCAUGGACCACCCACCCACGGGGCUGCCCACGGAGGAGGAUUUCUCCGAGGUCCUGACCCAGGUUCACGAGGACUUCGAGCUGGGCACCCUGGCUGGCCCCGCCUUCGCCCGACUGCGGCGCUCCCUAGGGCUGGCAGAGGAGGACUAUCAGGCUGCGCUGGGUCCCGGCGGCCCCUACCUGCAGUUCCUCAGCACCUCCAAGAGCAAGGCCAGCUUCUUCCUGUCCCACGACCAGCGCUUCUUCCUGAAGACCCUGCGGCGCCGGGAGGUGCGGGCGUUGCUCGCCCACCUGCCCCGCUACGUGCAGCACCUGCAGCGGCACCCACACUCGCUGCUUGCGCGGUUGCUGGGAGUGCACAGUCUGCGGGUGGCCCGGGGAAAGAAGAAAUACUUCAUCAUCAUGCAGAGCGUCUUCUAUCCCACCGGCCGCAUCUCCGAGAGGUAUGACAUCAAGGGCUGCGAGGUGAGCCGCUGGGUGGAGCCCGCCCCUGAGGGCAGCCCCCUUGUCCUGGUGCUGAAAGACCUCAAUUUUCAGGGCAAGAUCAUCAACCUGGGGCAGAUGUGUAUGGAGCCCUCAGAAACUUGCCUGGCACACAACGAGCACUCAGGUGGGGGCACUGAUGCUCCGGCAGGGCCCCAGCGGAGCUGGCUCCUCCGCCAGAUGGAACUGGACACCGCCUUCCUCCGGGAGCUCAACGUGCUGGAUUACAGCCUCCUGAUGGCCUUUCAGCGUCUCCAUGAGGAUGAGCAGGGCCCAGGCAGUAGCCUCAUCUUCCGCACAACCAGGUCUAUGAGAGGGGUACAGAGCCUGGAGGAGCCGGAAGCCCAGAACCGCCGGCUGCUGCCCGACACCCCCAACGCCCUACACAUCCUGGACGGGCCAGAGCAACGCUAUUUCCUGGGCCUCGUGGACCUCACCACAGCCUACGGGCUCCGCAAGCGGCUGGAGCACCUGUGGAAGACGCUGCGCUACCCAGGCCGGACCUUCUCCACCGUCAGCCCAACUCGCUACGCCCGUCGCCUCUGCCAGUGGGUGGAGGCGCACACCGAGUGACCGGCGCCCAGCCGCGCUCUCCCCACCUGGACAAUGGUCGCCCGCUGGGGACGCGGGUUCCAGCUUGGCCCGGGCAGCGGGUCGGGCUCUCCUCGCCUGUUGUUCCUCCUAUUGGCCUCCAGAGGGCAGCAUCCCCUAAUUAAUAUUAUGAACUCAUUUUGCUGGGGAUGCUGUGCCUGGCAUUGUAUCAGGGACUCCCUUACAUUAGCUCAUUUAAUCCUCAAAAAAAAAAAAAAAUGCUAUUAUUCUUUUUUUUUACAGACCAUGAAAUGAAGGCUCAGGGGGUGAAGGGACUGAGCUAGAUCAUUCAGCAAUAAAUGCUGGAACCAGGACUCAACUAUGCCUUUUGGACUCAGGAGCCUAUAUUCUUACUCACCAGCUCCCACAGCCCUGUCCUCACUGGGGAAGGGGGGAGGCUGAAGCCACCAAGCCCAGCCCCCUUGUCGUCCAGAUGGGGAAACUGAGGCCCAAAGACUUUAAGGGGCUUAGUACGGGAAACUCCAACUCUGCCUUUGGCCCCAGUCCAAUCCGACCAUGCCCAAGUGGCCCUUUCCUCUAGAGCUUCUCUGGGGCCUGGCUGUGUGAUCAGGACAAUGUGCUAAACCUCUCUGUGCCUCAGUGGUC